UGACACAAUUGCCCAUUGGUUCAGAACUCUUUUUAAAGUCUUUUUCCAGAAUUGUAUCGUUUUCCGCACUCAUCUACGAUUCUGUACUAUACUUUUCAAUUUUGACUUUCUGAAGACCAUGGGUUCCAUCGUAUCUAGCCUCCUCGGCGGCGGCGAAGCGGCGGCGGCAGCCGAAUCAUCCGGCGCCGAUCCAUCUGGACCGUCGCGCGUCACCGCGUUCCACUCCUCGCAGCGCUGGCAGCUCCACUUCAACUCAGCCAAGCAAUUAAACAAACUGAUGGUGAUUGAUUUUUCCGCUACAUGGUGCGGUCCGUGCAAAUUCAUGGAGCCGGUUUUCAACGACAUGUCCGCCCAAUACACCGACGUCGAUUUUAUCAAAAUCGACGUUGAUGAGCUCGCGGAUGUGGCGCGUGAGUUUGCAGUGCAGGCAAUGCCAACAUUCGUAUUGCUAAAGCAAGGGAAGGAAGUCGAGAGGGUGGUUGGAGGAAAGAAAGAUGAACUCGAGAAGAAAAUCCUCAAGCACAGGGAAGCUCCUAAAUUUGCUGCCUAAUAUUUUCGUUGAAAUUAUUAUUUCUCGCGUAAUUUGAAUUAUGCUCGUAUGUGAUGAAUUACUGCAGACUGUUUUUCUCUUUGGCGAAUUGAGUUAUGUGUUAUAUAAUUUAUUUUAGUGAUGAUGAUGAUGAUGAUGACGAUGAUUGUUAAUGAUGAUAAUGGAUAACCUGAUAUUUGUAUUUUUUAUGAAUAAAAAUCCAUUCAAAAAGUGGUCGGUAGUUUACGGCAA